CUGUGCCUUCCAGCAGGCCCGGGAGAUGGGUGCCGAGCUGCUUGGAUGUGUCGCUUCCACGUAGAUUGGGCCUGCUUCUAUGUAUUCUGCUUCUGUAUGCUGACAGUGAGGCCAGGUGUCACAGGAGAACUUCACUCUCUUGUUACAAGAAUUAAGUGGCACCCAGAAACGGCAGCGAACUUCCGAGCUUCUGCUGAGUGGAUGACAGCAUCAUUUACAAUGUCACCAAAGGAGAAAUAAACUGUUUGCUAUCUUUGAAAUGCUGCCUUGCCAUUGGAUGCAAUGACAGGGAGACCACAGGGCUCAUCUAAGCAGGGGGAGGUCUCUUCCAUCCUGGCAACUCAGCAAACAAUUAGCGUUCCCAGGCUGCUGGAGCUGUUCAUGUUAAUGGAUGACAUUUGAUAUGUGCCCUGUAAGUCCUGCACUGGGACUCGGUGACCGGUGGGGUGCCUGAUGCCUGUAAUCCCCAUCCCCCGCCGGGUCCGUUCGUUCCACGGCCCCCACACGACCUGCCUGCACUCAGCCUGUGGCCCGGUGCGGACCACGCACUUGGUGCGUACCAAGUACAACAAUUUUGACAUCUAUCUCAAAUCCCGAUGGAUGUACGGAUUCAUUCGUUUCCUGCUGUACUUCAGCUGCAGCCUGUUUACCUCCAUCCUCUGGGUGGCACUCUCUAUCUUGUUUUGCCUUCAGUACCUUGGCAUCCGGAUCUUUCUGCGUUUCCAGUACAAACUCUCCAUCAUCCUCCUCUUACUGGGGCGAAGGCGAGUGGACUUCAGCCUCAUGAAUGAACUGCUCAUCUAUGGAAUUCAUGUGACCAUGCUGCUAGUGGGGGGGCUGGGAUGGUGCUUCAUGGUAUUUGUGGAUAUGUAAAUAAAAACAAGCGCAUGUGGGCUAAGAAGGUGACUUUUCUUCCACCCCUGAAUUUGUCAAUAUCCCCUUUUCUUUUUUUUUAUAUAAAUUAAUUUAUUUAUCAGUGCUACUUCUUAUUGAUAAAUUAAUGUACUUGUCUCUGGAAUUUGUAUUAUUUUUUUUGUAAGGGUUAAGGUGCCAUCUUGAUGAUCAAAGUGCAACACUUGAUUGGGUGUUCAUUCUUUGCGUAGUGCAAGUUAAUAUCAAUUUCUUUUAGUCCAUAGGAGCCUGCCUUGCUGCUGUUCCUGUAUUCCUGUGGGCAUGGAAAAGGCAGUGCAUUUUCUGGAGCACAGAAUCUAGAAAAUCUUGUGCCCUACACUCUGAGAAAAGUCUUUACCCUUUUUCUGAAAACGUUCCUUCAUAUCCCAGGCAUGUAAUAUGUAUUCUACCAGAUCAGUGCUAUCCUUUCUCUCUGUAGUUUGCAUUUUGCGUAUUCCCAACUAAGAAUAUGGGGCCAAAUUCAACAGACUGUUGUGCUUUUGGUUUUGUUGUCUUUUUUUUUCUUAAUAUUAUUUUUUAGAUUAAUGCAGGGCUUGCGUUCAACCCACUUGCAUCAUGUUGUUCACUUUAAUGUGAUUAUAUAGCUUUGAAUGGUUUUGUCCUUUUCAGGCAAUUAAUGCCAAGUAAUUGAGCCCUACCCCAGUAGAACAAAUCCAUUGGAGUGAUGGGAGCAGUGUUCAGUGUCAUGUACUCUUGAAAUUCCCAGUCAUAGCAAAAUUGUUAUCAUUUUGCAGUGAUUAUGGAAACCCAUUGCAAUGGUUUAGAUGUUGGUGUUUGGUCCUGCUCUUCCCUGAAUUGAUUAGUUCCAGUUUCCUCAUGGAAGCACUUCUGUCUUACAGACAGCAAUGAGAUGAGGCUGUCUGACCUGGGAGAGUUUGAGGGCACAGUCUGAAGGGGCAGUGGUUGCUCCCCACAGUUACAGAGAGCUCUCCUAUCUUUGCUGCAGUGUGAGUGGUGUCACUGGACAACUUUCCUCACAGCUGAAGAAGAGAAUUAAGCACUAAGCUUGGUUUUGCUGGUCCUGAUCCGAGAUCUUGGAUUGUUCCUUUGCAGGCAGUUAAGCAGACCAGAUUUUGGCCUAAGUUUUAUUUUCAUCUUUUUCCCUUUCUGCCCUGAAAUCACUGGAGUCAAUUGCAAUGAAAUAAGCAAGACUGGAAAUAUGUGGCCAUUCCCUGAUUGUCUUUAGUUUGAGAUGCGAGUGGAUUGAGAGGAAAAUCAGUGAGCACAGAGGAAAGAACACUUAGUGCUUCAGCCUGUGAGUAUUUGUGUGCAUAUUGAAGCCUUUUGCUCACGUACUCUGAUUUGUAGCUUUACAGAUGCAAAAUAGGAAAGCUUCUGUCUGAAGCUAAAGCAAAACCAGAAAUUAUCUCAUUAUCAACCCUUACAAUAAUGAUGUAAUAUAAUGCAAACUGGACACAUAGAGCUGAAUAAAUAAUGGACAAUGGUG